CUCGUCAAGGAUUACGAUUGCUCGAUUCAAUAUCAUUCGGGAAAGGCGAACGUCGUUGCUGACGCCCUAAGUCGAAAGGUGAGGGGUGACUUGACGUACGUCGUUACUCAGAAGAGUCAGUUGAUUCAGGAGUUUGCCCGGAUGCAGCUUCAGGCGAUCGAUGCACUUCCCACAGCCAUUUCGAGGAGU